AUUGCUUCGUUAUAAAGGGAGUAAAGCCAAGAUGCCAAACAAAGAGAGACGGCAGAAGAUUAAAGAAAAUUUGGAGGAGGCAGCGAAAGGGACAGUUUCUCUAUCAACAUGGAUAAAAAAAAAGGCAAAAAUGGCCAGAGAUGCAAGUUAAGGAGGGAAAGAGAGAAGAGGCUGAAGAGAACAGUCAGAGAUGCAAGUUGAGGAGGGAGAGAGAGCAGAGGCUGAAGAGAACAGUCAGAGAUGCAUGUUGAGGAGGGAGAGAGAGAAGAGAGAGAGAAGAGGCUGAAGAGAACAGUCAGAGAUGCAUGUUGAGGAGGGAGAGAGAGAAGAGGCUGAAUGUGAUCUGGGACAAGAAGUUGAAAAGAAAGCACCAGAUACAGACUUUGAUGAAGAAAACGACACAGUAUGUUUGUUUUUUAAAACAUAAACAUCCAACAGAUCCAGGUUUAGUACAGAAAUAUGACAUCAAGUCCAAUCAAGGGUAUAUCCAGUUUGCCAUCAAAAAAGGACAAUGCUGACCUGAUAUCAAAUUCCCUAAAGAUGAAAGGGGGCGCUCUUUCCAAAAGCAGUGGUACAGUGACUGUGCCUGGCUUGAAUACUCACCUGAAAUUGACAGAAUGCACUGUUUUAGUUGUCAAUUAUUUAUGAGCCAUGAAGACAGGUUCAAAAAUCACAGUGGAUGGAUGACAGCUGGUGUUAAAAACUGGAAGAAUGCAAAACAAAAGAUCAAAGAGCACAAUAGUAGUGAGUCUCAUAUGCUGAGUAUGAUAAAAUGGCAUGCACUCAAGAGAAAUGCUUUAAUCGUGACAUUUGAAAGAGCAGACCAAGAAUUGCUUGCUGCCAGAGAACAGGGAAGACAGAGGAACAGGUCACUGUUGUGUCAUGUAAUUGAUGUAACACUGUUCCUGGCAAGACAAGGAAUUGCCUUCCAUGGUGACGACGAAAGUUCUAAUAGUUUAAGUAAGGGAAACUUUUUGGAGCUAGUUGAACUCCUAGGGAAGUAUGACAGCACAUUACAACUCCAUCUUGAGUCAGUCAAAGAACAAAAGAGAUCAAAGAUAUGACCACAGGUGUCUCUCCUUUCAAAUCGAAUGCAGAAUGACAUUAUAACAGCCCUUGCUUUGUACAUUCGAAAAGUCAUACGCAGUGAAAUCCAAGAUGCAUCCAUUUUUUCAAUAUUACUUGAUGGAACCACUGACAUCUCCCAUACAAAGCAAGCAUCAUUUGCCAUAAGAUUUGUGCAUCAGAUGGAAAUAAAAGAGCACUUCAUUGGCUUGUGCCAUGUAGAUUCCACAACAGGAGAAGAGCUUGAGAAAAUGAUCAUGAGAGUUCUCAGUGAGAAUGACCUCAAAAUGGAAAACAUAUAUGGCCAAGGAUAUGACGGGGCUGCUAAUAUGAGUGGUCACUACAAAGGACUUCAGUCGCAAUUUCAACAACAAAAUGAAAAAGCACUGUAUGUCCACUGCCAGGCACACUGCUUAAAUUUAGUGCUUGUGGAAUCUGCAUUGUCAAGCAUUCUUUUGGCAACCUUUUUUGCUUUGGUGAAAAAGCUUUAUGCUUUCAUUGCAAACUCCUCAAAGCAGCAUGCUUCUUUUGUGAAGACCCAGAAAGAAAUGUAUCCAAAUCAGCAUCCAGUGGAACUACAAAGGCUCCCUGACAUUCGGUGGGCAUGUAGGGAGAAAGCCAUGAAGACCUUAAAGAAGGCCCUGCCAGCGGUUGUGAAAUUCCUGACCACACUAAUAAAACAAGAUCCACCUGAUGCAGUCGUUGGAGAAGCAAAGAUACUGCUGCAUUCAAUAAACUUUGAAUUCAUGCUUUGCUUGGAAAUGACAACAGCUGUCUUCCUUGAAACUGCAUGUGCCUCCAGUGCCCUUCAAAAGGAAGACUUGGAUUUGGGAGCUGCAUAUGACAUAGUGAGUGGCAUUGUCACUCGACUAAGAGACCUAAGGACUGAGGAGGAGUUCAAGAGCAUCUAUGAAAGAGCCACUAGCCACGCUGAGGCAGCAAGUAUUGAUGUUCCUGAUGUCAUUCCUGGUCAUGGACGACGAAGAAAAAUACCUGCAAAGCUGAUGCACUGCUCAACAUCAACAACUGAAGAUCAUGAGUCACACACACUUGAAUAAUUUUACAGGGUUACACUCGUCUACACAUUUCUGGAUGUCUGUUUGCAAGAGCUCCAGAAGCGGUUUGAAGGGAAAGAGAACCCAAAAAUGCAGAUAAAGACUAACAAGGUCAUAAAGUCACUCCAUACACUGACAGAUGCAUCUAAAUGGAUGGGUGUAUUGGAUGAUGAGGCCAAGGAAUCUGCUUAUAUCCUCUGCAGGUUUUAUGGAGUUAAAGGCUGUCUGAUUUACUGCUACUUGGCAUAGUGAGGGACAUCCCUGUGACAAAGAGGAAGUUAUCAACAUCUUUGAACACAUGAUUCCCAACAGAAGGUUAAAAAUGUAAGACCAAAAAGCCAGUUUGCAGUUCACAGUGGCGGUGUUACAGUGAAAAUCAUCUUUAUCCUUGAUUAUUUUCUCUGCAUUUAUAUGUUCCUUCACUGUGCUUAAUCUUUUUUUUUUUUGUUUUUUUUGUUUUUUUUUACAUUUGAGCCCCUACCCCUGAGGAACUCUCUGCAUGUCCCUGCUAGUUGGUUAAAAAAAAUAAAUGAAUUUAUCCAUUAAUUUAUUCAUCACUUCAUAUCAUGUGUGAUGUGUGUAACUUAUAGCCUAAACAUCCUUAAAAAUAAAUACAUAAAUCUGAGAACCAAACUGCAGAGUAUUAAGUUUAGCCUAGGCUAUCUUCCAUAUUGACAAGAUUUAUGACAAAAUACACAAGUUUUAAUAUGUAAUGCAUCUUUGCUUCUCAUGUUAAUUUAUAUUUUUUAAGAUUUAUAUGUACUGAAAUUUUUUUUCCACGUACACCACACGUACACUUCAGUUACAGUAGUAGAAGAUUAUUUAUUGAAUUGUUCAUCUAGUUGUUUAAUCUAAUGUCCAUGUAACUUGCAUUGCCUUUUUCAUUUCUUUGUUAAAUUUGCAGAAGAUAGUGGUGGAAGAAUUUCACCUAUUUUUUCAAGAAGUUUACCAAAAAUCAGUUUUUACAGUUACAAUAUAUUAA